UCCCAUGAAGACCAAGUUUCACCAGAAGAAAUCAAUGAAAUUUUUAAAAAUAUGGGCGUGCAGGAUAUGACAGGUUUUACAUACGAAGCAGAUAUGAAAGGCGGUCGAAAAGUGCAAAGUGUUAUGGUAUUUCUGGCCAAAAACAAUAAGACCUUUGACCACUGGAUGAUCCAAAGUUUAUCAACCCACGAAGUAACAAUUUACUUGAGCCUGUUCAGAAAUCACGAAGAAAAAAAAGGCGAUGACGAUGGUCUAGUUAACUCCGAGAAGUUUCAAAAUAUCAUUCAAGCUUUAAGUUUAAACGACGAAGAGAAAAAAAGUUUGGCCGAUUAUUUCGAAGGUUACAAUGCAAUUAACUUCGCGGAGAUCUUAUAUGGCUUUUUGAAAGUAAAACCUCUAAGCAGAGGUCUAAACGUGAAACAGAUUGUAGAUCUGAACAAUAUUAAAGAUCACAAAAUAAAUGGCGAUUACAUUCAACCUGAUAAACUAACAGAGUUUAUGAAAGGAUUAUGUAUAGUUGAUGGCCAGCAUGAGGAAUAG